UCUAUCAACUUCUACAAACUACUCUCUAGCUCUUUCCCUUACAAAUAACCAUGAAGGUUUUAUCGUUGUUCUUCUUCCUUGCCACAAUUAUAGCAACAUGCCAAGGAGCCCCCCACCACCACAAUCCCGGCUUUGACUGCCUCAGUUGGCGUCUAGCCGUCGAAACUAACAACAUGCGUCAUUGGUCUGUGGUUCCACAAGCUUGUGUAAGCUACGUUGGGCACUACAUGCUCGGCUACCAAUAUCGUAAGGAUGUUCAAGCUGUGGCUGAUCUUGCUUACAACUUUGCCAAGACCGCCCCACUCCCCAGGGACCUCAGGACAAAUCUUUGGAUCUUUGACGUUGCUGAUACUGUGCUCUCUAACUUGCCUUAUUAUGCUCAACCUGAUGUUGCUUUUGGGGGAACGCCAUAUAACUCGACAAAAUUCGCAAUAUGGGAACAGAAAGGCAUAUCACCAGCAGUGCCUGGGAUUCUUGACCUAUACAAGAAAGUGCAAAGUCUUGGGUUUAAGAUUGUCUUUAUUUCAGGAAGGUCUGAGAGCUUGAGGGAAGUUACAACAAAGAACCUGAAGAAUCUAGGUUUCACCACUUGGGAGAAGCUCAUACUAAAGCAAACCUCUGAUGCGGGUACCUCAUCACAAAUUUACAAAGAAAAGAAAAGAAACGAGCUUUUAGCUCAGCGUUACAGAAUCGUUGGGAAUGUGGGAGAUCAAUGGAGUGAUCUAGUGGGAGAACAUGUUGGCAUCCGGACAUUUAAGGUGCCUAACCCAAUGUACUACAUUAGUUGAACAAUUCAACUUUUGUAAGUCUGAGAGCUGAUGGGAUAUGUUUGAAAAUAAGGUAGAUGAGCUUCAGCGCUGUGUUCUACCACUUGUGUCCUGCCAAGUUCGGUGUUAUGAGUUGUGUUGUGUUAUUAAUUGUGAAAGAGUCAGUCUUUCUUUUUUUCUUCUGUUCCGUGUGUCCUUGUUUAGUCUGAAAUAAAUUGUCUAUGGUUAAGAGUUUGUGCUGUGAGGAGUUAGUCCUAAGUCCUCUAACUCCCAAGUAAAAUGUAGUUUUAAUUUUUUAUAAGAAUUGAAAUUAUCUA